AUGUAUAAUAGCAAUCAUAAUUAUAAUGCACUUUCAAGAUUAAAUACAGGAUCAUCAUUCUUGAAUCAAAAGAUUCCUGUAAAGUAAUAAAGAGCUUAAGAAUGUUCAGCACCAUUUAGUGCAACAAUUACACCAAUAAAGUAAUUAAGAGAAUCAUAUUAACCAAUAAUAGAGAAUCAUUUCAAUUUACAAACAGAAACACAAGAAGAUAAAAUUUGUUUUGAAUGUUUGAAUAGUUUCAUUUAGAAUAUGACUUAUGGUAUGGAAAUAACAAAGAAAAUUUUAAUUGAUAACUUAUUAGGAUUGAGAAAUUUUAUUGAUUUCAUUUUGAAUUAGCAAUAGGAACCAUCAGGAAUAGAACAAUAAAACAGUUGUUUAUAAAGUAUUAAUUCAUUUCAAAUUGGAUAAUAAAUGAAUAAUUAAUAAAAUAUACAUGAGAUUCAAUUAAUUGAAUAAAAUAAUUUUGCAAAUUGUUUUAAUCGUCUUUUAGAUGAAUAAAAUAAGAAUCUACAAAGUUAAUUAAUAGUACAUCAAUCUAAACAAAGUAAAGGAUCUCAAAUAAAUCAAACAGAACAAUAGAAUGAAUCAGUUGAUCUAUCAAAUCAGAGUUAUUAUUCAGAGUAUAAACGGCAAGCAUAAAAUAUUGAGAUGGAUUUAUAAAAUUUUCUAAAAUAAAAAUGA